CAACAGCAGAUAGGGGCGGGGCAAAGCAGCUGACAGCAUAAAGAAAACUUUGUUAGCGUGUUGCUAACCAAUUUGGCUGUUCAGCGAUGUAAAUAUUGGGAAACAGCACCUGGGAAAUCCGCUAAAAGAUGGAAUGUGCUGGAGACAAGAGAGAGCUGUGUCCAUGGCCCAGUUCGAUGCUGAUGCACAGCAGGAGUGCUCUGAAGGCACGAGUGCAGCAGUUCGUGGAAGAGAGGAUGCAAACCACGAUGCUUACAGGUGUACUAAUCGGAGCGGCCGUCGCCGUCUCCCUGAUUGGGAUUGUGGUGCUCUUCUUUUACAGAAAGUUCAAGCUUGCUCGUGAACAGCAGCCUGGUGUGCCCCAGUAUCGUUUCCGAAAACGAGAUAAAGUGCUUUUCUAUGGAAGGAAGAUAAUGCGAAAGGUCCAAACACUUUCCUCUACUCCUCCCCACUCCUCUUCCUCAGUGUCAAAGCAACCGCAGCGCAUACGCAAAAGAACCAAAGUUCUGAGCAUAGCUCGCAGAAUCCUGAGGAUCCGUAAAGACCCCCCCACUCUGCAGCACAAGGAACCACCUCCAUCUUUGCUUGAGGCAGAUCUGACAGAAUUUGAUGUGCAGAGCUCAAACCUUCCCUCAGAGGUUCUAUAUAUGCUAAAAAAUGUUAGGGUCUUGGGUCAUUUUGAGAAGCCUCUGUUCCUGGAGUUGUGUCGCCACAUGGUGUUUAUUGAGCUGCAAGAGGGGGAAGUACUUUUCAGACCGGGGGAUGACGACGACAGUAUAUACGUGGUCCAGGACGGUCGACUUGAGCUCUGCGUUCAAGAGACUGAUGGCACGGAGCCGGUGGUGAAGGAUGUGCACCCUGGAGACAGUGUCCACAGUCUGCUCAGCAUUCUGGACAUCAUCACUGGUUACCCAGCUCCGUAUAAGACCGUAUCGGUGCGAGCCGCGACUCGCUCUACCAUCUUGCGUUUAUCUGCUUCAGCCUUUGACUCGGUUUUUAAGAAAUACCCUGAGACGCUUGUGCGCGUCAUUCAGAUAAUCAUGGUGCGACUCCAGAGGGUGACCUUUCUGGCGUUGCAUAACUAUCUCGGCCUAACAACUGAGCUCUUCAAUCCGGAGAGUCAGGCUGUGCCGUUGUCCAAUAUAAACAGUGUGAUGGCGGAGAUAAAUUGUGGAAAGGUGCCUCGUCGUCCAGCUGGGACCAGUGAGACCACUGCAGAACCAGAUGCCGUUAAAGAUAGUCCCCUAAACAGCAACAGGAGGCUUCGUUCCGUCUCUGCCCCCACAGAUUGUGCAGGAAUUGACCUUAAUAUGGCUUGUGAACGAGCUCGCGUCACUAUAGACGAGGCUCCAUCCAGUCCCCUCGCUCAGAAAUCCACUCUGAAGAAGAAUGUGACAAUGCAGCAAACUCCAUCCGAAGUGUUUCACUAUACUGACAGCGGAGGGCAGUCUGAAGCUAUCAACGUUGGGAAAAGCAGCGUCGUCCUCCAGGCUGCUAAGAAGGACUUGCUGGGAGUCAUCCAGCUGCAGGACCCCAGUUUACUUGAUGGCAGAGUGACCCUCCACCACGUCAAGGCUGGGUCUGUCGUGGCUCGCCAGGGAGACCAGGAAAUGAGCAUCCAGUUUGUGAUCUCCGGUCUCCUCCAUGUUUAUCAGCGGAUGAUUGAUCGGGAAGAAGAUACACGGCUGUUUGUGACGCAUCCCGGAGAGCUCGUUGGUCAGCUCGCCGUCUUGACCGGAGAGCCCCUCAUAUUUACGGUCCGAGCCCAGCGAGACUGCAGCUUCCUCUCCAUUUCUAAAACCCACUUCUACGAGAUAAUGCGAGCGGAGCCAAAAGUAGUCCUGAACGUUGCUCACACCGUGUCCAGGCGCAUGUCCUCUUUUAUCAGGCAGAUAGACUUUGCACUGGACUGGAUGGCUGUGGAGGCUGGCAGGGCAGUUUACAGGCAGGGAGAAAAAUCAGACAGCACCUUUAUAGUGCUGAGUGGUCGGCUGCGCUCGGUGAUAAUGAAGGAGGAUGGAAAAAAGGAGCUGAUAGGAGAGUAUGGUCGCGGUGACCUGAUUGGAGUGGUGGAGGCCUUGACCCACCAGAACAGAGCCACCACUGUGCACGCUGUGCGAGACUCAGAACUGGCCAAGUUACCGGAGGGGGCGCUCAACUCCAUCAAGAGGAGGUUCCCACAGGUCGUCACCAGGCUGAUCCAUUUACUCGGUCAGAAGAUUCUUCAGCAGGUCAAUGUUCCUCUUUCAGCUCGUAGUUUGGCGCUUCACACUCCAGGAAGCAAGUUGGAUGCAGGGAAUCAAGCCUCCAACCUCUCCACUGUGACGGUCCUGCCCGUGUCAGAAGAGGUGCCCUUAACAGCCUUCACAUUGGAGCUGCAGCAUGCCCUCCUUGCUAUAGGGCCAACUCUUCUGCUGACAAGUGACAUCAUCAAACAGAGGCUCGGAGCUGCAGCGCUAGAUAGUGUCCACGAGUACCGUCUUUCCAGCUGGCUGGGCCAACAAGAAGACAUCCAUCGCAUAGUCCUUUAUCAGACUGACUACACAUUGACCCCGUGGACUCAGCGGUGCAUCCGUCAGGCUGACUGCAUCAUUAUUGUGGGACUCGGGGAGCAAGACCCUGCUGUUGGGGAGCUGGAGCGUAUGCUAGAAGGAAGCGCGGUGCGGGCCCAGAAGCAGCUGGUGUUGUUGCACCGUGAAGAUGGCCCUCCUCCCCAAGGGACCGUGAACUGGCUGAACAUGCGAAGCUGGAUCUCCAGGCACCUGCACCUCUCCUGUCCCAGAAGGGUCUUCUCUAAAAGGAGCCUUCCCAAGCUGAUGGAGCUGUACCAACGUGUGUUUGAGAAGCCUGCAGACCGCCACUCUGACUUCUCCCGUCUGGCUCGUGUUCUCACGGGCAACGCCAUCGCUCUUGUCCUCGGAGGGGGAGGGGCCAGGGGUUGCUCCCAAGUGGGGAUCAUGAGAGCGCUCUGUGAGGCCGGGAUCCCGGUGGACCUGAUCGGCGGGACCUCGAUCGGAGCACUGAUGGGCGCUCUGUAUGCCGAGGACCGCAGCCUGAGCCGCAUGAGGAUUAGAGCCAGAGAAUGGGCCAUGGAAAUGACCUCAACAUUUAAGAAGGCUUUGGAUUUCACAUAUCCUGUGUCGUCCAUGUUUACCGGUGCUGGCUUCAACUCGAGCAUCAGCAAUGUGUUUCAAAGCAAACAGAUUGAGGACCUUUGGAUCCCGUAUUUCAAUAUUACGACUGAUAUCAGUGCUUCAGCCAUGCGAGUACACACUGAUGGUUCUCUGUGGCGGUACGUUCGGGCCAGCAUGUCUCUGUCCGGAUAUCUGCCUCCUCUCUGUGACCCCAAAGAUGGACACCUCCUGAUGGACGGAGGCUACAUCAACAACCUGCCUGCUGAUGUGGCGCGCUCCAUGGGGGCCAAGGUGGUGAUAGCUAUUGAUGUGGGCAGCCGGGAUGAAACCAACCUCACUAAUUACGGCGACUCGCUCUCAGGCUGGUGGGUGCUAUGGAAACGCCUCAACCCCCUGGCAGAGAAAGUGAAGGUGCUGAACAUGGCGGAGAUUCAAACCCGGCUGGCCUACGUGUGCUGCGUGAGGCACCUGGAGUCUGUUAAAAGCAGCGACUACUGCGAGUAUAUCAGGCCCCCGAUCGACAGAUAUCGGACUCUGGAGUUUGGCAAGUUUGAUGAGAUAGCUGAAGUAGGCUACCAGCACGGCAAGACCGUGUUUGAUGUGUGGAGGCGGAGCGGCGUAGUGGAGAAAAUGAUGAAAGACAGGCACCAAGAGGAGAGCCACAACACCCAGUGCAAAAGCAAUGUGGUGACAUGUCCCAACGCUUCCUUCACUGACCUUGCAGAAAUCGUGUCUCGCAUCGAGCCUGUCAAACCUGCGCUGGUGGAUGAGGAGUCAGACUAUCAGACUGACUAUGAAGAGGAGGCAUUGGAGAGUGCCCUAUCUGACAUGGAGAUGUACAGUCACCACGGGGAACACACUGAAGGGGAGGAGACGGCUGACACGGAUGAGGAACAGGAGGAGAGAAGAUUCACCAGCGGGAAGCCUCGAAAUGUCUCCUCCAGUUCACAGGAGGAGCCGGAAAAGGAAACAGCAAAUCCGUUCCAAACAAGCCAUUAAGUACAAAAACGGUGAACAAUACCCAAACAGGUCAUCACAAUUAAUCCUGCCUUUCUUUGCCACAUUUAACUCUCCAAUCUGUCUGUCAUGACUCCAGUGUGUAAACCGGUUCUUGGGUGCAAUUACUGCUCGGACCUCUCCAACCUGGCCUCGUUAGAUGUGUGCCUGGGAGUUACCGUCUUUUUCUGGUUCACUGGGCAGCUCCAAACCUAAUCUCUCAUAUUGAGAUAGUUGAUCUGAACUUCUUAAAGCUUUAUGUGAAUCACAGCAGUUCAGGGAAAGUGAAGAGACUCUAUUUCCAUGAAAUACUUAUCACUAAGGCCAAGUUGAUAUAUAUAAAAAAAAUAAUAAUAAUAAUGUUGUUCCUGUCAUGAUUGACUCUAUGGAUUUAGCACAUUUGAUGAGAUUUGAAGUAAUCAGAGAUUAGUCACCGUCAUGUGUUUUUUUUUUUUUUU